AUCUGUGGUAAGUUUGUCGUUUAGGGUUUAAGCUUACCGACGCCAUUAUUGUGAAAUAUAAUUUUAAGUCAUUAUUUCACGUGCCUAAACCUGUUAUAACCAUUUUCCAAUAGAUUUUAAUAUAUCCUACGUAUAAAACAUGGCAGAUAACGACGAUCUUCUCGACUACGAAGAUGAAGAGCAGGCAGAUCAGCAAGUCGCUGAUGGAGCGACCGAAGCGGCGCCAAAAAAAGAGGUUAAGGGAUCCUACGUAUCGAUUCACAGUUCAGGCUUCAGAGAUUUUCUUCUCAAACCUGAAAUUCUAAGAGCCAUUGUUGACUGUGGUUUCGAGCAUCCAUCGGAGGUACAACAUGAAUGCAUCCCGCAGGCGGUACUUGGUAUGGACAUAUUAUGUCAAGCCAAAUCCGGUAUGGGAAAAACCGCGGUUUUUGUGUUGGCAACGUUGCAACAACUGGAACCUUCUGAUAAUCAUGUCUAUGUACUUGUUAUGUGCCACACAAGAGAAUUGGCGUUCCAGAUCAGCAAAGAAUAUGAGCGCUUCUCUAAGUAUAUGUCCGGUGUCAGAGUGUCAGUAUUCUUCGGAGGGAUGCCGAUCCAGAAAGAUGAAGAUGUGCUAAAAACAGCAUGCCCCCAUAUCGUCGUCGGGACUCCAGGUCGAAUUUUAGCAUUAGUAAACAGUAAGAAAUUAAAUCUGAAACACUUAAAGCACUUUAUCCUAGAUGAGUGUGACAAGAUGUUGGAGUCCCUCGACAUGCGACGCGACGUGCAAGAGAUAUUCCGCAACACUCCUCACGGGAAACAAGUUAUGAUGUUUUCUGCCACAUUAAGUAAAGAAAUCAGGCCAGUUUGUAAGAAAUUCAUGCAGGAUCCUAUGGAAGUGUAUGUUGACGAUGAAGCAAAACUAACAUUGCACGGUCUACAACAACAUUAUGUUAAGCUUAAAGAAAAUGAGAAAAACAAAAAGCUGUUUGAGCUCUUAGAUGUAUUAGAAUUUAAUCAAGUGGUUAUAUUUGUUAAAUCUGUUCAAAGAUGCAUAGCACUUGCUCAACUCCUGACUGACCAGAAUUUCCCAGCUAUUGGUAUCCACAGAAACAUGACACAAGAUGAGCGUCUUUCCCGUUACCAGCAAUUUAAGGACUUCCAAAAAAGGAUAUUAGUCGCCACAAAUUUAUUUGGAAGAGGAAUGGACAUUGAAAGAGUCAACAUUGUCUUCAACUAUGAUAUGCCUGAAGAUUCUGAUACAUACCUGCACAGAGUUGCUAGAGCUGGUAGAUUUGGUACGAAAGGAUUAGCCAUAACCAUGGUAUCAGAUGAAAAUGAUGCAAAGAUACUUAAUGAAGUUCAAGAUCGUUUUGAUGUCAACAUAACAGAGCUCCCUGAGGAAAUUGAACUAUCUACAUAUAUUGAAGGACGAUAAAUUAAAAAUAUUUUUUCAUUCCUAUUUGACUAACUAGUAUUGGUUAUCAUAUUAUAAGCACUUAGUUUAAUGUCAUUAAUGUUUGAAUUGUCACCAUUUGAUUUUCACGUUUGAGUUUUUCUACAGCUUUUUGUAGAUCCUUUUUUUGUAACUAAGUGAAGGUAAAAUUAUAAAACCGUGUCUAAAAAAAUUAAUUACUAGACUUAAGAUGUGAUUAAAAUGACAUUUGAUAUUGUGAA